AUGGGAUCGUAUCUGUUUCUUCUUUACUAUCUCUUUCUCCUCUUUCUUCACUUCCUCAUUCUCCUUUACUGUCACUUUCUUCUUUUUCUUCACUUUCUCCUCCUUUACAUUCAUUCUUCCUCGUCUUCUGCUUUACUGCUUCUUUCUUCGCCCUUUCCUUCUUUACACCCAUUCUUCUUCUUCUUCUUCUUCUUCUUUAAUGUCUCCUUCUUCUCCAAGUUGUUCUUUUUACACCUCUUUUUCUACAUCUUUCUCUCUUUCGAUAAUGAUUAUUUUCACAAUCUUUUUGUGUUCGUAUCUAUCUAUCUAUCUAUCUAUCUGUCUAGUCUAAUUUUUUUUAUCUAUCUAUCUAUCUAUCUAUCUAUCUAUCUAUCUAUCUAUCUAUCUAAUUGCGUUUGUUCGUAUCUAUCUAUCUAUCUAUCUAUCUAUCAGUUUAUUCUAUCAAUCUAUCUAUCGAUCUAUCUAUCUAUCUAUCUUUGUUUGUUUCUAUCUAUCUAUCUAUCGAUCUAUCUAAUUAUCUAUCUAUCUAUCUAUCUAUCUAGUCAGUUUUUAUCUAUCGAUCUACCUUUUCUAUCUAUCUAUCUUCAGAUUUUCUAUCUAUCUAUCUAUUUCAGACAGUUCAUAUCUAUCUAUCUAUCUAUCUAUCUAUCUAUUUAUUCUUAUCUAUCUAUCUAUCUAUCUAUCUAUUUUUAUUCAUUCCAUUCAUCUAUCACAAUGUUUUCUAUUUCAUCUAUCUUUCAUAUCUAUCUAUCUGUUUUCAUCUAUUCAUCUAUCUGUCAUCUAUCUCUAUCUAUCUAUCUAUCUAUCUAUCUAUCUAUCUUCAGUUGA